CCCUCCGAACGGUUGGCCCCGCCCCCUUCGCCCGGCUCCAGGAGGGAAAAUGGCGGAACCAGGGAAAGGAGUGAGCGCCGGCUUCAUCGCCAAGAACGUCCAGAAGAAGAUUAACCGGGCGCAGGAGAAGGUCCUUCAGAAACUGGGCAAGGCUGAUGAGACAAAAGAUGAACAAUUUGAGCAGUGUGUACAGAACUUCAGUAGACAACUGAAUGAAGGAAGCAAACUCCAGAAAGAUCUGCGGGCGUACCUGGUUGCAGUAAAAGCUAUGCAUGAUGCCACAAAGAAGCUGUCAGAAGUUUUGGAGGAAAUUUAUGAGCCAGACUGGGUCGGCAGACAAGAAAUUCAUUCGAUUUCAGAGAAUAGUGAUCUUCUCUGGACUGACUAUCAUCAAAAACUGGUGGAUCAAGCUCUCCUGACCCUGGAUACUUACCUCGGCCAGUUCCCAGAUAUUAAAACUCGUAUUGCAAAGCGUGGGAGGAAGCUUGUUGACUACGACAGUGCAAGACAUCAUUAUGAAUCUCUCCAAGGUGCAAAAAAGAAAGAUGAUGUAAAAAUAGCAAAGCCUGUCUCGUUGCUUGAGAAAGCUGCGCCUCAGUGGUGCCAGGGGAAGCUUGUGGCGCAUAUCGUUGCCCAAUCAAAUCUGCUCCGAAAUCAGGCAGAAGAAGAAUUUUUAAAAGCCCAGAAAGUGUUUGAGGAAAUUAAUAUUGACUUGCAGGAAGAAUUGCCAUCACUAUGGAACAGCCGUGUUGGUUUUUAUGUGAACACAUUCCAAAAUAUAGCUGGUCUGGAGGAAACGUUUCAUAAAGAAAUGAGCAAGCUGAACCAAAAUCUUGGAUCCGUGAUGAACCAAUUGGAGCUGCAAUACGUGGACAGAGCCUCAGUGAAAGUUGAGAAGUCUGCAUCACCACCAGUGGAUGAGUCUCCCCCGAGCAGUCCCGUGACAAAGGAUGACAAUCAUGUAGCUUCAACUUCUCCCACACCACAUGUUCCUUCUAUACCAAAGUCACCGUCCCAGCAAAGGAAAGGUCCUCCAGUACCCCCGCCACCAAAGGUUACACCAUCCAAGGACAUCAAGCAAGAAAAUAUCCUCAAUCUGUUUGACGACAGUUUCAUCCCUGAGAUAAGUGUGACAACACCUUCACAGUUUGAGGCACCUGGGCCUCUGCAGGAUGAAGGAAGCCUAUUGGACUUGGACUUUGAUCCUCUGAAGCCAGAGUCCAAUCCAGUAGUGAGAGCAGCUUCGCCAGUCUCUCAGUCUUUACCUUGGGAUUUGUGGGAGCCUGAAAAAACUGCAUCUAACAGCAUGUCCAUGGACCCGUCUCCUAGUAUGGCCAUGAGUGAUGGUCUUGGUGAGAGCAAUUUUGCAGUGGACUGGUCAGCCCAGCCCAGCCUGCAUAGCAAGAAUGAAGGUGCCCCUGCUCAAACAGUGGAGCAAGUGAAUGCCACCAGUGAAGUUGCAGAGAAGGAAGCUGAAGACAAAGUUACAUCUGUUUUGGAGGCCCAGCCAGAACCAAAGAACGAACUUUUGGAAAAUGAAGCUGGUACAGAGCUGGCCAUGCCCAAGGAUGCGUUGCCAGCUGUAGUGACCGAGACUCUUCCAGCAACCACAAAUGGAGCUGUGUACGAUACAGUCCCUGCUGAGGAUAUGGAAAUGCCCCCUGGAUUUCAGUUUAAGGUUCGUGCUCUCCAUGAUUACAAUGCAACAGACACCGACGAGCUGAACCUUAAAGUAGGCGAUGUCAUUUUUGUUGUUACUCAUGAAAACCCAGAAGAACAGGAUGAAGGCUGGCUCAUGGGCAUAAAGGAGAUUGACUGGAUUCAGCGCAAAGAUCUGAAGAUGGCCAGGAGUGUGUUCCCAGCAAACUUUACUGAGCGUGUUCAAUAACCAGUCGGAAAGGAAAGAGCAGAGAAGUGAGAGGAAACUCGUGGGACUUGCAAAUGGAAGACCCACACCAGUGCAAUUUCCUCAUAUUCUGUCAACUGAAAUGCAGAAGUUGCCAUUGUAAAUGUGAAGCAUUCAGCUGUGGUUCAUGUUUACCAACUCUGGGCUAUGGUGCUUUGAAUGCUAGUCAAAGGGCAGCUGGUGCUUGGAACAAGCAGUUCUACCAUUAAAACAGCAAUUUACUCUAGUUUCUCCAUUGCAUGAAGUUCUGUUGUGACAAUUUGAGCAUACGGGAAAGUCCAAACAUAUCUAAGGUAUUAUGUGAUAUCCAGAUUAGAAGUGGGAGAAGGUUGAUUGUGUUUGUUUUUAAAGCUACUGGUGUUGCUUUUUAAGAGGUCUUUGAGCUGACCUUCCAAAUGCUUCAGGAGGCAAUUAUGUAAGUGAUGCAGUUAAUGUGUGAUCCUUAAACAGCCAAUGUAAAGCUUGAUCAUUCUUUCAAGUUAUGUUCAUUGGAUGGUCCUAGGGCAGUGACUGAAAUGGGCAGUUAAGAACUGAAUUUACAUGAAGCUAUUCAUACCCUUGAACCACAUUUGAUUCUACCUUUUUUAUAUAAUUUCUGGAAAGGGGUGUCCAUUGGUUUAUUUUCAAUGGUUCAUUAUUUUCAUGAGAACUCUUGAGCGAGAGAAAAAUGAAUCUCUGAAGCAAUUGUUGGGUGAUUGCUACAAGAGCCUGCCUACUGUAGAGAAUUGCAGGAGAGUCAUGAUUUUCAUUGAUAUAUUAUCAAAAGGUAGAAAGUCAGUCUUCUGUUUUUUUUUGUUUUUGCUUUUGGGUUGGGAGUUUAUUUUCUCAUUGUUCAUAGGCUGGAACAGUGGUUAGAGAUUAGUCUGCAGCUAAUUCUGGAUAGAGUUGCAUUUGAGAUUAAACAUCCCAGAAUAUUUCCAAGACUACCUUCCAUCCUAUUCCCUUUUACAGCCCUUUCCCAUUGGCUCUGCGGCAAUGCAUCUGACCAAUGAGAAAGUAAGAAGGCUCUUCAUUAUUACUCUUUGGCUGAUUCUUGACAGUCCCUUGAUCAUUUUUUCUUUCCAAACUCUCAUUUUUAAAAAGAGCAGAAAUGUUGAAAUCCUUUUCCUGUGGUGUCAGAGAUGAUCUUUCUAAAUCCAAGGAAGCCAGGACAAAUCUGGAGAGUUGGCAACCCUGGGUGAUAUCAGAUUGGCAUUGUUCAUUCAACCUUGGUCAAGGUUAAUUUGUCUUCCAUGAAUUUGAAAUUGAUUCUCUCAACCAGGUUGUAAGGCGUUUUAUCUGAAGCAUUAAUGACUCCCAGUCUCAAAACAUCACACACUUCCUUCUGCAUCGGUCUCAACUCCUUUUCGGCAAAGCAAGAGGUUACUGCUAACCCUGUGGACUUUGGCCAUGAGGUCCAUUGAACCUUGCUGGAGCCUGUAGGUAUUUCAGUCAAUUCUGUAGGGAUUGGAUGGUGGGAGCUGAUAGAUGAGCAUGAUGGUGGAACCAAUCCUUGACAUCUCUGCAUACCCCAUGCCCCCUGCUGGAUAAUGUGUGUAACAGUCUGGAGCAGAGAUUUUUUUUCACUUUUACUCUUACUCCUUCCCCUACCCCAGGGACAACUGAUGCCAAAUAAACCCAUGAGCCCUAUUCGAGUUCUUGUAAACCUGUCCAGCUCAUUGCAAGCGGUCUGAAUUAAGAUGUUGAUCAUCUUUUAUUUUUUUUUAAAUGCUGCUGUAGCCUUGGCAGGUUUGUCUCCAAUCCUGAGGGGCCUGACUUACCAGUAUUUUAAUUAUUGUAAGUCCUGCAACCAUGUAUUUUUUCUCGUGAGUGAGAUAUUAGUUUACCUUGCAAUCAAGGUUUUAAGCUAGCCAUCUGUAUACUUUUAUCUUGUGUCUAUUAUGUUCAAUGUGAGUCAUUGCCACCUGUAUGACUAUAUGUAAAUAUAAUAGUUUCCCAACAGUGAGAUUUUGGAAGUGGUUUGUUUCAGUAUUGUCCUAUUUAAAAAAGAUUGUCAGUUUUCCAAUACUGGAACAUUAGUUUGUUAAUUGAAAAGUUUCUGUUGGUGAAUUAUCUCAGUGUCUUCCACAAGCGUUGUGUUCUGAUCCGUUUGUUUUUUUUCAGAUGCAAGCAGCCCUGAUCACUUCUGUGUGGUGUUACAGCCUGUGAUAUCGCUCAUUCCCAGUGAUUUUAUGUAAUGUAGUUGGAAUUGCUCUGUUCAUAGCUAAUGCACAAAGAAAUAAAACUGGUCUUCUGGUUGCA